AUGGAAGAUCUGCGUUCUCUCACGCCCCAGUUUGGUGUCGCUCUCCCCGUGGAUACCAGUUUGGACGACAUCAAUCCAAAGGAUUUGAUUUUCUUCAGGGAAAUACAUACUCAGGUAUGCGCAACGGCAUAAGUGCCUUUCUUUUGAUCAUUGUGUCCAUCUUUCUAGGACAUGUACGUCAAUCGAUAAGUUGUCAGAAAUAGCAAAUAAUCGGACUUCUGGAAUGCUUAUGACUUCAUUGGAUGAGCACCUACACCCAUGAAAUGCUGACUGUAAGCUUUAGUAUUUGGGCUGUCAGAUGGGAAUAUUUACUUAAUGGAAUCCGCAAGACUGAUCGAGCGCUGGGCAGCGUCGUGUCCUACCGGCAUUUGUCCGAAUACCUUCACUUCUUUUUACUACCCUCCCAAAUAUCGAUAUCCAGAAAAAAUAUUUUUCGAGUGGAUUUUCCUUCUUACUCGCGAGGAUUCAUGAUUUUUUUGAGGUAACUGAUCAAAUAAUUGUUCGGUUGCGCAAUAGCAGACGUCUACCUGCGGUUGGACAUUGGUUUGUAUACACAACGUGCCUACUGUGAAAGGCUCAGUAGCUCAUUUAUUUUUGAUAACUUCCUCCGCAUACUUGUUAUAUGAUAGUUCGCUUUUCGAUUCGGCUUAUAUCUAAUGUGUGCCCCACAGCGUGGUGAGAGCAGGGACGAUGACUUAAGCGUGAAUUAGUUUAAAGUACACAGAAUCUACCUCACUCUCCCAUCUCCCACCGGGGUUCGGUGUCAAGGUAGACGCAAGGAGACAGAAUGCGUGAUCUGGCGCUAAUGGCUGGCAAGAAGUGAACCCGAAGUUAGACGUCCCACCACACCUCCUGGUCUACACACAGAGGGCCAGGAUUCUGCACAGGACAGAUGGAACGUCUCGGACCCCAAAUGAGCGAGAAGUCACGUCAAGAAUGUGGCAUUGCAGUCUGACUCUCCGUUUCGAGAGAAGGAACGAGUUAUCCCGUCGGUUUUCGCCUUUUAGGCCACGGUACUGGGCAUACCGUGGUGCCAGAUUUUUUUCGGCGAAGAAUAUGCCAGCAGACUUCCUUAGUGCUGCUUUUUUGAGAAUAAUCGCGACUAACUGCCUAAAAUUAUGCCUGUGUUUACACAAGAUUUGGUUAUUUCCACUCAUCAGUAAAUACACUUAAGGACGAUUACCUCAAUCUACUGUAAUGCCAAUUACUUCUUCCUUGUAGACCGAAAGUUCGGACUUGCCAGAUCUGAAGGCCCUAUAUGCCCGAGUGCACCAAAUGGAAGCUCAGCUGACUGAAAUGCGUUCAGAGCUGACGGCCACACGCGGCACUAUAGUACGCCAGGUGAAAUACAGCUGUGACGACCUUACCACCAAAGUGCGCACCGAUUUCUCCACCGGCUUCCUCGCGCGGUUAGUUGCCAAUCAGGAAGCUGAGGUGGAACAGGUUAGAGCAGCGGCUCGUGAGAAGCUAAGAAACACAAUCGCUGUCUAUGAGCGAAAGCUGGUAGAUGCGUUCAACAGAGGCCAAACAAGCCGACUGAGUUCCGAAUUAGUGAGCUGACAAGAAAUUUGCUUUUUUGCCUAUGACCGUUAAGUGCAUGUGUAUGCCCAGUGACCAAAGAGUGCUUAUUAUUUCACCGCUAGUGAGGUUUAGCCGAAAAUUUUCAGAUAAUAGCGGCCACCUCGGGCAUGUGUUUUGGUCCAGGUCUGUUUCCUGUGAAUAAUUGCUUCAGGCUUAAGCAAGUAUUGCUUUUAAUUUGCACACAUGUAAACAUUUCGGCAAAUUCCUCACGAACUCAAACGCUAUUUAAACUUUGGAGUAUUCAUUCAUGUGAACAAAUGGUAAUAAACUCGGCGGCCACGGUCGAAUUCGGACCCACGACAGCAAGUCAAGGCUAAAGUACACCCGACGCUCUAACCAUCUGACUUACUACGCCCCACUGGGGGUCGUGAAUUUAAGGGAACAGUAAUGAAAUGAUGUAACCAGGUGCGUGUGUAAAGGCGCGAACCACGUUUUAGACCAAACUCAUUGCCGAAAAGGCAAGUUUAAAGAGCGCUCAUCAAAAUUCCUAGGGUAGUAGCUAAGGCUGACUCUAACGGUACGUGUAUUCGUCAAGAGAAAAAGGUGCACUUUGUCAGAGCCCAGACAAACUUUUGUUUUUUGUGUUCCCAUAUGGUCCAUGCUUCUUUUACUUGGGUAUUUAUAUAGCAUAUUUUUUUAAAUCACAAUAGUAUUGAGACGACAUAAAUCUAUUUCGUCUCCCUAGCCAAACAAAAAUCAGCCCCUACUUAAAACAGAAAGUGGAAAUUGACGAUAUUAUGAGGAAAAUAAAAAAAACUAAUAUUUAAAGCACAGUCACUGACCGGUCGUAUGAAAUGUUAACCGAAGUUCUGAAACAAGUUUUCGUUUGGGAAGUUUUACUUAAGCUGGGUUGUAAUAUUGAUCACUAGCAGAAUGUUGGUUUAAAAAUGCACUUCUUUUCGGCUGCAUAUUAAAACCGCAUUUGAUAUUAUUAGCUGCUAAAAUGCUAAGUAUUCUUCUAUCGAUUUUUAAUACUCUCAUAAAUCCAAAUACAUUUUGUUGAAAAAUGCACAAAAAUGUUUUUUGUCAUACGCAUUUGGUAGUAAAUCAGGUCUUCUUCAAAUUUUACGUCCGGAGAAAGUACAUCUUUCAGUUUUCAAAAGUUUCAAACUAUGUGAUUAUUUCAGACCGUGUAGUAUUGGCAGAAUAGUAUUACGGGACAAGGGCGAGGGAGACUGGAAUGGCCAUUUUUUGCUUGUUAGCCGUCGUCAGCCAGUCACACCCAACUCCGAAGUGUAGGACAUCUGGGACGCGAUCCCGCGACCUUUUAGUUAGAAGUCCAACACUUCAAACUACUGAGCAACGGGCUCAUUCUCCGGUCGAGAAUGUACAGUGGUAGAGGCGUUGGAUUUCUAACUAACAGGUCGCGAGAUCGAGCCCCAGGUGUUCCACACCGCGGGGUUGGUGUGUCUGGCUGACGACGGCCUAUAGGCCAGAAAUGGCCAUUCUAGUCUUCCUUGCCUUUGUUGACAAUGCAAUUCUGCCUAUGUAUCAUGCGCCGCUGUGCGGCCGCUGAGGGGGCUCGAGAGAGAACCCCAAGGCACAACGGGACGAGUGAGUUCCGUAGCGCGAUCGGCGAGCGCCCUCCUCCCAGAUCGUGGAGUGUUAAUUCAAAUAGCAUCUCAUCUGUCUGUUUAAUAGAGCUCCUCAUGAUGUGUGCAAUGUAAUUCACACCCGUUGCGAAAUUUCUCGAGUCAUUAAAAAUGAAGGAAUGUAAGUUUUUUUCCUACGCGGAAAGUAUACGGCUUGUGGACUGAAAAACGUAAACGCUAAACCCACAUCAGAUUCACUCAGAAUUAUCCAGGAAGUGAAGAACACUUUUAAAACCGGAAGGUAGUUCUUCGUGUACGAAAUUUAAAGAAGACCGGAUUCGCUACCAAACGAGUACAAUAGAGACUACUGUUGUGCACGCUUUCUGGAAAAUAUAUUUAGAUUUAUGAGGGCAUUAAAAAUCAAUGGAAAAACGCAUACUAAAUAAGAAGCCAUUUUGCGGAGGGCGGUUUUUGCAUGCAGCCGAAAAGAAGUGCGUUUAAAAGCUUACAUUCUGUUGUGUCUCAAGAUAACGAACGUCACUACCCCACUUAGGCAAUCCUUCCUAAUUGAAGACGCAUGUCAGAACUUCGGUUAACACCUUAUGGGAUCGCCCAGUGGCUGUAGUAUUACUCUGUCCAGAGACAACACUUUUUUAUGUAUGUGAUGUUGAUAAAAAUGCUAAAAGCAGUGUCAAAGGAGCAAACUUAAGCUUUAGAAUUACGCAAAAUCUGUAGAUGCAAAUGACGGGGUAUAUACUGCAGCACAUGUAUAAUAACGUUUCAACAUGAUUCUUAAGAGCAUUUUGCCCUUUAAUGUCGUUUUUAAAAUUUAGUAAAAUAACAGGUUUGCGAUAUCGAACAGCCAACACUUUGAUUAUAGAAUCCAAAACGUUUUCGGAAGGAUUGGUCGCAUUUUUUUUCGUUUUUGCAUUGUUUGGGUUGCAAAUGACUAAAGCACAGAGGGUUUCAUUUGAUUUGGCCACCAGGGACGUCACGGGAAUAGACGUUUACAGAUGGAACUUCUCUAAGUUUCUUUUACUCAAGGCGUUUCUGCAUACGCUCAACGUAAGUCUGGUGUGUCACAACCGACCCGACUGCGCCAAGGAGUCACAGGUUAGGGCACUCGCGUUGUUCUAAGUUACUUUUUACAUUAACUACGCAUGCUGCUACGUCGGUGAUUCUGGAGACGCCUAGGGAGAUGACGGUUAUGCGGAGGACGCCUUGAAUGCGUAAAAGUUUAAGACAAAUAAUGCAAAGGGGCAUGUUCGUGCGCCCUUUAUGUAAGAGAUGGAAUUGGUCUGUGCAUGGCUAUUAUUUCCAAUCCAGACUUUCAUUUUACCACCUUCCAAGGAAUGUUUAUUCGGUCACCCUAGUCGUUUUUCGCAUACAUGUCGUACUAUCACACUAGUCCGUUUGCAGGCUGUCAUUUACACACUUUUAAACGCAGGAACUACGCGUCCAAUCCUCUUUUAACUUAAAAAUGAAAUACACUUCUGCCAUACGUUCGGAGGAUUAUCAUUGUUCCAUUAUUCUUUUUUCAAGGCCCAAAAGGAGCAAGUCAUUCACAAAUUGAAGACUGAACUGAAAGAAUGCAAGAAGCGAAUUGACGAACUAGAAAACCAUGCAAAUGCCUCUGAGGAAGAGUCGGUGGAAGACUCCUUUAAGCUCUUUAUUGACAGUCGUUUUCCCCACUCCAUCGUCGCUGAGCAUGUUGACAGAGAGGUCCAAGUGAAAAUACUGAAUGAGGCGGAUUUUGAGAAGUUAGUGAAGCUUAAUGAGGUUAGUACAAGAACGAGAGUAGCAUUUUCAGGCAGAAGUUGAACAUUUCCAUUUUUGUAUUACCGACUAGAUCCUGCUGGGUGGGUUGAAGCUUUUAAAUCCUGCAGCGUUUAUUCAGUCUGUAUUACCUGUAACCACUUGAAGCAGCUCUUGCACCGCCCGGACGAUCAAUUUUGCUGCAAAACCGAUUUUACACAUUAAUAUGUGGUUCAACCGACUGGUGUUCCCUUCCUACAUGUUUGCAUUCGUACCCGCUGUGAACGUUUGCAGACAAGGUUAAGGGCAUUGAAAUGAUCAUUCCAGAUCCAGUGGCCGUCGUCAUUUCGUGUUGUUACGACCCUGGGGUGGAAGUCCGUCGUCUAGAUCUGAAUUGACUGAUCAUCAGGCUACCUUCCAUUCCCUGAACUACAAAUUCGCGUAAUAUCAGCCCUAGCCCUAACCUUAGUCUUUAGGCCCGACACUAACCCUCAAACUUAGCAUUAACCCCACCAUCCACCCUAACCCUUAUCUCUGAGUCCUAACCCUUACUUUAAUACCAAUCCGGCACGCUCACUCCGACUGCUAAGACCAACAGUUGAUUAUAGGAAAAGUCAACAGCCGGUAACACAAUCCCAACCUCCGCUCGAAGCGGGCUGUAGGUCCUCAGUAAUUGGGACAACAGCCAUGGCUAACCCCGAACCCCCUUACCACCCCUCACCCUUAAAACCAGACAUGAUUCCGUAGACCAAAAAUGUAGAAAACUGGCUCUAGGCGAAACCACACCGUCCUGCCUUUUUUACCGAACAUUAAUUUUCAUGAACAUCAGCACACCUACCGAAAACAAUCCCAGUAGUAGUGACAAAAAUAAGUCACAAAGUACGGCCGCGUUGUUAGCCUCCCACCGUCAAUUGAUUAUCAGGCUACCUUUCAGUCCCUGAACUAAGAAUGCACGUAGUGUCAGCUGGGAUCGAGAAGAACAUGCAGUUCCAUGUGACAUAUGCACAUCCACCUAUUCCGCCGACUGAGGAACAAAGAUUAAGAUUUUCGUUUUAUCUUGGCGAUAGGGGUCUAAUGACUCCUCAUACAGUCGAUUGGUAACUAGUAAUCAGCAAAUCCAAAAGUGCUCCCGACAAAAACAGGUUGUUUUGCCUUUUGUGUCGUUCUCGAUGGGUGAAAAACUUUAGUUACUGAUUGCUAGUCGUAUGUAGCUACCUAAGCAACUUUUAGAUCGGCUUCUCCGAGGGCCAGUCAGAAAGGCUCAUUCUGAUCUGCACUUUGAAAGUAGGUGGGCGCAUGCUGCUCUCAGGUGACCUGUCCCUUUGGUUUUUCGCGCCAUGUGCGACCUUAAAAGUGGAGUUCUAGUUCCGACAAAUAAUCCAUCUGGGCAUUUAAAUCGAACCAUUUCCGUCAUCUGGACUACUAAAAUAACCCUGAAUGAUGCAACCAAAACCCCACUUCUAAGUAUGGCGGGAAAACGUUUCAGCAAAUGAAAUUUAUUAGGUUGUCUUCUUUACCUUAAUCUACGUGGAUAGAUUUGCAGUUGAGGUCACAUCCGAAUCAUUUUAGGUUCUGCGGAGAUGCAUGACGGCCAUAUGCGCAAGAAUUUUCGAUUGGCCAGGGGAAUGCGGACGCCUCUGCCUUAUAUUCCAGGAGGGCUUAUGGUUAGGGGAAUGUUGAGGAACGGGAAUGGACACCAUCUUCAUUUUAACGUGGGAUAGCCAUAUUUAACUGUCCGACCCAAUUUUCUUUCGUCCACAAGCCACCUCAGACAAAGUUGCUAAGAGAUCACCGCCAUUUUAUUCAUAUGCUUUUCAGCAUACCGUGGUACGCCUCAUCACGCUGGAGUCUGAGCGUGACACCCUAAAGCUGGAGUUACAGAAGACUCGUAAGGAGCUCUUUGAAAAGUCACUCCAGGUGAAGGAUUUUGCAAUAGAACGGGAAAUUAUGAAGGCAGAAUAUCAGGAAGUCAUUGCCCAGAGAAUGAGAACGACGCAGGACAAGGCCACCAUGACGACGCCGGUUCGAGUGGAGGCACGUGCCACCAACACUAGAGAGGUCAAACUGGCCGAAAAGGUAUGCUGCUUUGACAGGGUUAAUUCAAAGUAUGGUUUGCAUUGUCAUUGCUAAAUCCGUUUUGACUCCACGGAUAGAGGCGUUCGACAUUUGGGGGAAUCUGUCCACAACGCAGUUGCAGCGCCUGUUCACGAACUCCGGUGGAUGACCUACUUUUUAAAAUGAUGCCAGGAAACUGAAAUACGUGUUGAUAGUACAGUCCUGAGUUGUACUAUGGUAGUACAACUCACGCGAGCUUGUUGUCAGCCGCUUAAACCUGUUACUUCUGACGAGUCACUGCCCAGCAUUCACUCAAAAGUCAGACCUAAUCUUGAAGAAAUAAAGCUCGAUCGCCGUAUCACCCCUGUCUUGGCGAUCGUGUCUCCUUCUUCAAGCCUGCUUCCUAGAACUCGUCUCUACGAUUCUAAUAGCAAACCUAAUAUUUAGGGUAAGGGGAAAUCGUACUGACAGCAAAAGUAGCAGCCAAAAGCCCAUACACGCGUGUUUCGCCGAUAUUCUGCCGUUGCAUGACACAUUGGCUCAUCAGUGGCUAGUACCUGUGCUGUUAGUUUGGUUUCCCUUAUCUUGAAGCAUAUUACUAGCUGUCAGUCGGUAGUUAAUGAAUAUUACGCGGUUACCUGCUGUGGCUGAUGGACUUUGGCUUAAACAUUCAUGCAUAUAAACUUCGGUCUGAGCCUAUAGACCUCGAAUAAACGGAUCUACUCCAAGUUCGCAGUUAAUUUCUCAGGAAGUUGAAAAGCAACAACAAGUAAUCCUUCCUGUCCAUCCCUUAAAUGUCGUUCGGACAACCACCCUCGUUUGUGGGCCUGCCAUUAGUCUGCUGGACAGUGCUUCUAGGUCACAAUGACAUUGCAGUAUUCAUCUUAACGAGGUUUCUUGCCUUCAAACAUUUUGGAAGCUGUGGCUGUCAAAACACACAGGCCUAAAUCUUGUACAGGCUUGUUCUUUCUUUAUGUUAUUUACUUCCAAGUGUAGUGCGAACAAUUGUUAAAAGUCUUCUUCCACAGUUUAGCAAGACCAAGAUAUGGGCUUUUAACCAAAGGGUCUAAACACGACAUACCCAUAUGUACAUGUAGAUAUACAUAUACAUUGGUAAUUAAAGAAUGAUAAGUCUGGCUACUUCUCAUUGCCUACGUCAAGGACAGAUCUGUCUGCUGGGUUAUCAAUUUUAGGCCACACAGGCCCUUAUCCACGUGGAGACAGCUGAUGAGUUGGCAUCAAGGAAGGAGCUGGAAUUGUAUCGGAGCACUGUGGGGAAGUUGCAAAACCACCUGGAAGAUCGCGAUCGUCUCAUCGAAAUUUUGCGCAAAGAACGAAGUAGACUGGACGAGGGGAACAUGUUGAAACAGGUCAGAGAGCUACAAGCGAAGGUAGGUAGUGUACACAUAACUUUUUGUUUUCUGUAGUGACUUCUAUUAUAUUCGGGAAUUUACGAGUAGCAGCAACCCAGCAGAAGUGGAUAUCGGUUAAAUUGAAGUCUUUACAACAGACGCUCCGAUCUGUGGAACUGAGAAACAGCUAAUCGACAAUAAGCUAAUAGGAAUAUUUCCCCGGAGUGAACUUAAAGCAAGCAAGGACAGCAGAAUUUAAUGGUACCACAAAAUUUCGCGACGGCUUCUCAACUGCUGCCGGUCGUUGCAUAACAGAAAUAAGAAGUGAGAAAGGUACAAAGGUUUGAAUUUCGACAGUGAAAAUCGAUGGAAAACAGCAAGGUCAACGUGUACUGCGCGUAGACUAAUCGAUAAAAUGGUAACUUCAAAAUGCAACAUAGGAAUGAAAAUGGGGAACUUGGCAUGCCGAGGGAUUUCGAAACUCAAAAGGGGCUCGGGUCUACCAGGGCAAGCUGAGGUUGACCACGUGGUCUAACUGUUUACAUAGGUCGGGUUUCUCCCGCCGUAUAUAGGUUGCCUCCAGGUAGCGCAAUAACCGAGUAGUUCGUGCUCGAACUAAUAUUCGAAAAGACGUCUAAGGGUCAACCGAAUGGCCACUAUCAAGGAGAUGUUUUGUAAUGGAAGACCGUGGAGUCUUGUUCUCCUGCCUUAGAAGCCAUUUAGGCAGGUGCUCAACUGCUCUGGCUGCCAGUUGCCUUUACGUUGGCCCAAUGUACUUGCAUCCACACUCGAUUAGUCUACGCGCAGUACACGUUGACCUUGCUGUUUUCCAUCGAUUUUCUCUGUCGAAAUUCAAACCUUUGUACAUUUCUUAUUUGUUAUUUCUGUUAUGCAACGACCGGCAGCAGUUGAGAAGCCGUCGCGAAAUUUUGUGGUACCAUUAAAUUCUGCUGUCCUUGCUUGCUUUAAAUAAGCUAAUAGUUAGACAUUUCUCCUAGUACGCAUUUAUACAGCCUUAACAGUUGUUUUCAGUAUGGCCACUGUUUUACGCAUCUUUUCAAAGUUCAAUUCUUUUUUCUAGCCCACAUAUAAGACCUCGGUUCCUUCCGUAUGUACACUUUACUUAUUUUUUGUAUGCAUAAAGUCCACGACACGACACUUCGACCGCCGAUUUCGACUAUGCCCACCAUGUGCCACGCACCAAGAUGCAUCAGGCACGGUUACCUGCGCGUAACUUAAUCUAUAGUGAUAGUGGGCUUGCGCAGCGUCUACCGCACUCUCUGUUUCCCACUCCACACCUGGACCCGGUGUUAAGGCAGAGUCAAGAAGACCGGAGGCGAGGGAGUGCAUAGGUGGGUGGCACGAUCGAGCCUGCACCUUGGCAGUCCACUUCACAGCCCCUUGUCCACACAGUAAAAGACCAGGUUUUUGACCAACAGCAACAAUAACACCCCAACAGGGGUCAGAAGGACGAGGAUGAUGACUGGGCAGCCAAGUCCACCACCUGUAUACCCAGCGGGAGCGCGAACGCAUCCACCGUCAGGUAACUGCCAAGGCAUGCCAGGCUGCAAGGGCCAUGCUUUGCUGAUAAUGGCAUAACACACGCUUUCAGACUUUUUGACUUCUAAGGACGACACCUGGCCCUGUAUUCAGCCUGGGUCGUCACCCUUCAAAGUUGGGUGACCAAACAGUCGUCAGCUGAGAGGUGCUACCCAUAAAGUACGCACACUCUUCUCACGUACAUGGGGGAGGAGCCGCGACAGCCUGGCUCCCAGCCCACCAGUCCGCCAUCCUAAACAACACACACGACAACCGGGCAGACUGUGUGGGCUGAGUGUGGGCGUCAGUCCGCUGCCUUCCGAGCUACAUCGCUCGACGCACCGCCCUCGUCUCAGACUCCGAUCACAUAUGCAGCAAGGGAGCCGCAUGGUGAAGGGACCGAAUUAAGUUAAUAAGAGGCUGUACACAGACAUAUUAUGGAGAGUUUACCGCUCCUGUCCUCAUAGUGCAUUUAUUGGUUUAGAAAUAUUAUCUGCAAAUAUAGGGGACGAUGGAUUGACUGUUUUCCGCUCUAAUUUCGUCUCAGUUCGCACUGAGUGGAGACCAUUGUUUGAUCAGGCGCUCACCUACUAAGCUACAGACUCAUAUCUGGUCGGUAACGAUCGGAAGUAUAUAUAGUCACAUAGGAGUGGCGCUCGCUAAGUAAUGCUGACUGUAACCUUGAGUACGGAAUAUUUCAUCGUGCAGGAUAGAUCAGACCCGAAACGCACACAGGUAGUCACGUACCGUCGAGUAAUCAACAAGUGAAAACUUCCAUUGAUGACGGGAAGCUGACCAGAAAUUACUGCUAUGGAGAAGGGAAACGAAGUGGAGUCACGACCCCGGGCGUAAUAAAGACGCGAUCACGCGUGCCAAAGCCAAGCCUGCCGCGAAAUUCAUGCGCGAAAUUAGGCAGCCAAUCAGCAUGUAGUGCAUCACCGAGCACGCGUGACGCAUGCGGCCCAAUCAACAGUGGCCGAUCGAACCUUCGAGAUUUUUCCGCGAGGGAGGCCUUGCGAAAAAACAGCCAAUCCCUGGCCAGAACGCUAUAGGCCGGUAUGUUCUAGGCUUCUCAGGGCUACAAAUAAAUAAGCUGUAAACAGUGACUCACGCACUGUGAAAAUAGAGUGGUUGCUUAUGGGUCAGAAUAAUAAGUCCCUUCGAGAGCGCGUAAGUAUCGGAAUGGAGCGUCGUUCACGUGGGUCCUGCAUGCAACCUAUCAGCCCGAGCAAGUGAUAAACGGAGUGCUGGUUGUCCGUUACACGGGGUAAUUUUAAGGAGUAUAUCCACAAAGGACGAAAGGUCGACUGUGACAAGCCACGCUAACCAACGCGCCGGCCAGUGGUGUCCGGUUGUGGACGCUGGCGCGGUUGUCACAGACUCGAAUACAACUGACUUCUGCGGUAUCGCCGCGUACAGUACAUGUUACGACCGAGCAGAACUCGUAUGAUUAUGAUCUUAUGUGACCCAGUGCCCAUCAUGCUUAUAACGUACUAAUUAGUUGAAAUUAUGAUGGAGUGACUGUCAUACAAAAAAACUAGGGCUUCUACAAACACCAAAACUUCGCUGAAUACUUUGGGUCCGGGUGCUAAGUAUGAUGUCAUCACAUUCUCCUCUCUUAAAUGUUUAGCCCGCUAAUGUAUGCUUUCACCGUCUUCCCAAUCGAGACUAACCCGUAUGUGCAUAUUUACUUUAGGUGGCCGAACUAACAGCCCAAAGGAGUCGUCUAAAUCAGGCAGCCGCAAAACGAAUUAGUUUCCUGCAGACUCGGCUGGAGCACGUCGCCCAAUCCGCAUUGGAUCGCAAUCGUGAAAUUCAAAACGUCACAAAGCUCCACACAGCUGCUGUGGCCUAUUUGAAAAAGAGUCGAGCGACCUAG